CUGCAUUUCAUCUUGUUGAUCUUCCGAUUGCUUGUUCGUACGAAUCCAUGUGGUGCUCUGAAGAUCACUGCUCACUGCAUCAGAAUUAUUUUUUCGCCUCUACAAUCUGGACGCCGGCAGUAGGAUUUUGACCAACUAGUCGCGAGAUGUCGAUAGUGAGGUUAGUGCCGACCAAUGAUUACAAGGACCAAAUGAUUCUUUGUAGAGGAAAGAACAGAUCUGAGAUCUCCAUCCCGAUCCCAAGGAGUCAGCGCUGAAAUGUGCGGUACAGAAAUGUGACGUCUUUUAUCAAGUAGCUGGCUGUGUCAGCCACAUGCCAAUUUGCCAUAUAAUAAGCACUCGAGCAUAUGUAGACAACGACGAUGAUCAAUGAGCUAAUGAACACGCAGUAAUCAAGGACUGGGGUGGUGGCUGGCCGACCAGAGGCCAACAAAUUCCUGGUUUCAGCAUGGUUUCCAGUGUGCGCAAGCAUCAGUUGUGGCUAUGGGUACAGGAACAGGCCAAAAGAGGGAGCAGUUUCACACUCAACUUGCAAUCCUUUAGUAGUGAAGGUGCAAGAACCGUGUGUUCAUAAGUAGCCCAUUUCAGGUCUUGUGGCUACUGAUCCUCAUGGGAGGAGUAACUUUGUUCUUCUGCUUCUCGUUGCUGUGCAUCUGCUCACAUGCUCAGGUCCCCUCAGGCAUCAGUGGCAAUGCCACGGCUCAAGACGAGCUCGCUCUCCUCUCCUUCAAGUCCAUGCUGUCUUCAAGCCCAUCCAGCGUGUUGGCUUCCUGGAACAAGUCUGGCCAUUACUGCAGCUGGCCGGGAGUUGUUUGCGGCCGUCGGCACCCUGACAGGGUUGUUGCCCUACGCUUGGGUUCCUUCAACCUGUCAGGGCACAUCUCACCUUUCCUGGGAAAUCUGUCAUUUCUCCAGAAACUGGACCUUCGCAACAACCAGCUUGUUGGGCAGGUACCGGCGGAGCUCGGUCAUCUCGGCAGGCUCCAGGGUCUGAACUUGAGCACAAAUUUUCUCCAAGGAAGCAUUCCUGCAGCCAUGGGAGGAUGCACCAACCUCAAGGUGCUGGACCUGAGCAGUAACAAACUCCAAGGUGAGAUUCCAGCUGAGCUAGGUUCCCUGAAGGAUCUGAUUAAUUUGCGCCUUCAUAAAAAUGGUUUGUCUGGAGAGAUCCCUCGGUACCUGACUGACAUGCAGUCGCUCAGAUUCUUGUCAUUGUAUGAAAACAGAUUAUCAGGUGCCAUGCCACCUACUUUUGGCAAUCUCACCAGCCUCCAGGAGCUUGAUCUUGAAGGGAACAUGUUAUCGGGAGCUAUCCCUUCAUCUUUGGGCUUGUUGCCCAGUUUAUCUUGGAUCAGCUUGGAGAAUAAUAACUUAAGUGGAUCGAUCCCUGAUUCAAUUUGGAACAUGUCCUCUCUAACAGCGUUCUCUGUCUUAAACAACCAGCUGAGUGGAACAAUACCUCCAGGUGCAUUCAAUGCUCUUCACCGUCUGGAGUCCUUAAUACUGAGCAAUAACCAACUUCGUGGAUCUAUCCCUCCCUCCAUAUAUAAUGCUUCCAAGAUAAAUGUACUUCAGCUCAGCAAUAAUUUUUUCAGUGGCACUGUUCCUUUGGAGGUUGGGAAUUUAGGAUAUAUCAAUUGGCUCCAACUCUCUGGAAAUUUACUUGAAGCUAAAGAGCCAAAGGACUGGGAGUUCCUGACAGCAUUAGCGAAUUCCUCGCAGUUAGAAUUUUUGCUACUGGGUAGCUGCAAGUUUGGUGGAGCACUUCCUGAAUCACUCUCCAAUCUUUCAACUUCUCUACGAUUCAUCUCUCUUUCACACAAUGCAAUCUCGGGAAGCAUACCAAGAGAUAUAGGUAACCUCAUAAAUUUACAAUUUCUGGACCUCCGAUUCAACUCUUUCACAGGUUCUCUUCCAUCUUCCUUUAGCAAGCUUAAAAACUUGCAUACGUUCUCUGUAGCACUCAACAAAAUGAGUGGGUUGAUACCAAUGGCCAUUGGAAAUCUUACAGAAUUGAAUCAGUUGGAGCUUGUAGGGAAUAGCUUCAGUGGUAUGAUACCAAGCACAAUAGGAAACCUGACAAAAUUGGUGGGACUAGGUCUUGGAAGUAAUAAUUUUACAGGUCCCAUUCCAACUGAAAUAUUCAAUAUUCACACUCUCUCUCUUAUUUUGGAUGUAUCUGAUAAUAAUCUGGAGGGAUCAAUUCCAGAAGAAAUUGGAAAAUUGAUAAAUCUUGUUGAAUUUCGUGCAGCAUUGAACAAAUUGUCAGGUGAAAUCCCAAGCAGCCUUGGCGAAUGCCAAGUUCUCCAGAACCUCUAUCUUCAAAAUAACAUGUUCAGUGGAGGUAUCCCAUCGCUCCUGGGUCAACUGAAAAGUCUGCAAAUCGUUGACCUCUCAAGCAAUAACCUGUCAGGCAAAAUACCCACAUUCUUUGGUACCUUUAGAGUUCUUGAUUAUCUAAACCUUUCAUUCAAUAGCUUUUCUGGGGAAUUACCAACAAUUGGUGUCUUCGCAAAUUCUUCUGCCAUCUCUAUCCAAGGCAAUAGCAAACUUUGUGGAGGCAUACUUGAUCUGCAUUUGCCUUCAUGUCCCUCAGAUGUACCAAAGAAAAAGCACAUGCUUUCCGUGAUUCCUAUUGUUAUUUCUCUUGUUGCAACCGGUUUGAUCCUUGCAUCAGUCUAUAUGCUUCUAACUUGGCACAAGAGGAAGAAAACAACAGCGCCAUCAACAACAUUUAUGCAAGGCCACCCAUUAGUCUCUUAUUCGCAGUUGGUAAAAGCAACUGAUGGUUUCUCGGCAACCAAUUUGUUGGGCUCUGGGACCUUUGGGUCCGUCUACAAAGGAAAAUUAGAAGGUCAUGUGGGAGAAAGCACAAAUCUUGUUGCUGUGAAGGUGCUGAAACUUCAAACUCCUGGGGCAGUGAAGAGCUUUGUUGCUGAAUGUGAAGCACUGCGAAACAUGAGACAUCGAAAUCUUGUCAAGAUAGUUACAGCUUGCUUGAGCAUUGAUUAUAGUGGGAAUGACUUCAAAGCAAUUGUGUAUGAUUUCAUGCCCAGUGGGAGUUUAGAAAGUUGGCUACAUCCUGACACAAAUGGGCAAAUGGAACAUCAGUUCUUGACUCUGCUAGAGAGGGUUAGCAUACUACUCGAUGUGGCUUUUGCAUUGGAUUAUCUUCACUGUCAUGGUCCGGCACCUGUUAUACAUUGUGAUCUAAAGUCAAGUAAUGUUCUCUUGGAUGCUGAUAUGGUAGCACAUGUAGGAGAUUUUGGACUAGCUAAGAUUCUAUAUGAGAACAGCACCAUUUUCCACCAGUCAAUGAGCUCUGUGGGAGUUAGAGGCACAAUUGGUUAUGCUGCCCCAGAGUAUGGUGCUGGAAACAUGGCAUCAACGCAUGGAGACAUCUACAGCUACGGAAUUCUUGUGUUGGAAAUGAUGACUGGGAAGAGACCCACUGAUAGCAACUUCACUAGAGGACUGAGCCUUCGUGAGUAUGUUGCCCUUGGUCUACAAGGUAGAGUGCUGGAUGUUGUUGACACCCAUCUCUCUAUGGGACUGGAGAAUGGGCUUCAGACUGCCUGUAUCUUUUCACCCGAAGCUAAGAUUGAUAGCCUGAUUUCACUGCUCCGGCUUGGAGUUUCCUGCUCUCAUGAAACGCCUUCGAGUAGAAUGUCAACUGGAGAAGUCAUGAAGGAACUGCACGACAUAAAAGAAUCUCUCAUGCAGGGAACAAUAACAUCAUGAAGCAAGGUGCUCCAUUCAUGGAUGCUGCACGGCCGUAGAAUAACCUGCUGCUGAUCCGUGACGAAGUCGUCCUAUGGAGUCUGGAUCAAAGCCGGAGCAAAGGGCUUAGGUGGCUUUGUGGUCUUAGUGUUUGCACUUUUGGCACCUCGCAUCAUAUAAACUCUAUGUUUUCCUUCUUAAUGUAAUGCAUAUAUGCAUGUGUAUUCUAGGCAAAAAGAAGCUGCUUUCGAGGUUGAA